AACUACUCCAUUACUCUUCACUGUUUUACAUUACUUUUGCUUGCUUGCUUUCUCGUUCAACAGUCAUAAAUUUGGGGUCUAGGGUUCAUCUCCCUCCCUUUUACUAAACUAAAUUCAAUGCAAUCAACCUCAAUAAUACUACUUCAAAUCUCCACUGUCAAUACUCGCUAAACACUGGGACUCUGAGGGUAAUUUGGGAAGUCAGUCGAGUGUUGAUCGGAAAACAAGUGAUUAAAUGCCGGAGGAGGACUUAAUUGAACUCAAAUUUCGGUUAUAUGAUGGAUCAGAUGUUGGUCCUUUUCGAUACUCACCUGCUUCCACUAUAGCUAUGCUUAAAGAGAGAGUUGUCGUCGAGUGGCCUAAAGAUAAAAAAGUUGCACCCAAGGCGGCAAAUGAUGUAAAAUUGAUUUGUGCUGGCAAAAUUUUGGAAAACAGCAGGACUGUUGGUCAAUGUAAGACGCCUUUUGGUGAGCUACCAAACGGUGUAAUUACCAUGCAUGCUGUUGUACAACCAUCUAUAGCUAAAGCAAAGUCAGAAAAGAUUGACGAGAACACAAAGCCAUGCAUCUGUUCGUGCUCCAUAUUGUGAGAUUGUAGGUGUGAUUCAGCUUGAUCUUGUGGUAUCCUUGGGGUUACCUGCGCUGUGAAGUUUAGUCUGGAGCAAUAAUUUGUAUGAUACCACAUUAUCACAUGUUUGUUGAAAAGCAUUUUUAUGUAACUAUUUCAUGUUCUUAUGAUCACGUUUGUUCUAUAAAGUUCGAAUCUUCACACUUGGAGUCACAGAUUUCUCAUAUAAAAAAUACAGAGAGAAGGCUGGAGACACGCAGAAGGAUUUUUAGCUGUAACUUUCUUUUUUAAUUAAUCGGUUAAACUGGUCGUCAUGUCUCUUUGUACUUGGAUCAUGUCAAAAAGACAAUUAAAUGUAUUUAUGGAUUCAUGUGUUAAGUCAAUAACUGGGAUAUUAGUGUACCCUUUGCAUA